AUGAAAAUUCCUUCUUCUAGAAAAAGGUCGAUUCCUCCUUCUCUCCAAGAUACUCUUGAUGUUGGUGAUGUUCCUAAGCGAUUCGGAAUGAAAUGGGAAGGCAAGGAUACCGAUGAUCAAGUUUCCAAAAAGGUCAAGUCACAAAGAAAAUCAAAUUCAAAGAAUUCAAAACCAUCAGUUAUUGAUGAAGAUUCAGAAGAACGUACUCAAAGUGAUAUUUGUGUGGAGGAUAUUCAGAAUAAAGAGGAUACUACGAACACCUCGUGGCUUCAACCAAACGUUUUGAAGCCGAUUGCCACCUUUGAAAUAGGAAAGAUAUCUACUCCACCUUCUUCUUCGCAAGUUAUUCCAACAGGAGCUACGACUCCGACUUAG